UUCACCAUCACAACCAACGAGAUGGCGUUGAAAUUUCUAUCACUCAUUCUUUUCGUCGCGGUGCUGAGCUUCGACUUCAAUGCUUGUGUUGGACAAAGCGACACCAAUUUUUAUUUUACGUUCGAUGAAGAUUUGCAAGGACUAACGGUGCACAGGGGCACCUGGAAAUGGUCUGACAUGGCAAGCAUGCAGUACAAAAUACCUCCUGGUAAAGAAGGCUUCGCAGUUUACGAUACCCCUCGUGAAGGGGACGAGCUGUACUCCGAGUUUAUUCCAUUAGAUUAUGGCUUGAAUUACAGUAUCACUUUCUUCUUCAACUCAAAGUACGAACAGGGAACCUCGUUUGCUCUGCACAAGCUUUCUCGAGGCGGCGAAUACCUUCACACUAUAGCGGACUAUACGCACAUGUCCAGCCCCUCCAACAAUCAGUGGUUAUUCGUUGAAGGCUAUGUGCCCCCGGAAGCCAACGCUUUGUUUUCGAUAUUCUGCCAGUCCGAGUAUUUCAACCCCGACGGCAUCAAUGGUUACCUCUGGGGUUGUGCCGUGGACUCAAUGAACCUCAUCACUGGACCAGACCCAACCUCUACCGCACCCCCCACCACAACCACUACAACUCCCACUACAACCACUACGACUCCUACUACUACAACCACUACAACUCCCACUACAACCACUACAACAACUCCUACCACGACCACAACAACUCCGACAACCACCACUACCGAACCUCCUCCUCCAGUGAUUGACUUCAACUUCACGUCAAGCACCCAAGGCUGGGUGUUGGGGAACAGUAACGGGGCGGCCUGGAGACGGCAAAACACCAGCGGGGAGUACGCCAUUGAAGUCGUCGGAUCCCCUAUUGUGUCAAGCGUGGUGCUGGCCACAAGUCCGCGCUUGAUCGUGGGUGACACUGGGGAGGUGUCCGUAGCUGUGACGUUCAGGAUGGCAGGAUCGCAGCAGUAUCCUGCAUACCUUAAAGUACGGCGUUCCUACUCCUACAAUUCAUUUGACACAACUCCCGCGUUUUCGUUGGAUGCCUUUGGGACGUCCGAAACACCGGGCUAUGUGAGCCAUGGAGCAGUCUUCCGAAAUCUUGAGCCGGGUCAAGAGUUUUUCAUUGUUUUGGAGGGGUCGCUGGGCAUUGACCAGGGCAACGUGAUCUCAGUGAGGGAGCUGCAGCUGGUGGGCGCCUCGCCAUACCCCGUGCCUGAGCAGGACUUCUUCGACUUCCAGGGCGGCCUUGUGGGAUGGUCACAGGGCAACAUGGACGGUGGCAGGUGGCAGGUUGUGGACUACCGCAACAUAGGCGUGACCAUCCCCAAACCCACUGGCGACUAUGUUCUUUACGCCGACAGAUUCGACAUUUUCAGCGGUGUGAUGGUCAUCGAGUCUCCUCCCCUCUCCACCAUCACCGGCUCCCACAAAACUAUCAGCGCCCGAGUCUCCGCCCGCGGCAGUGACGACUAUCCUGUUUCUCUGAGGCUGCGGGCCAAAACUCUGGACGGAGACUACGACGAUUUUCCCUUCGUCUCGAUCUUCGUAGCGACUGACGAAACAAACUGGCAAGUCGUCACAGCUGACUAUGAAGUCAGAAAGGAAUUCUUCCAGCUCGUGAUCGAGGCCGAUCUCGGCAGCGACAGUGAAAAUUUCGUAGCCAUCGACACGAUUUCCGUCACGUCUAACUGAGCCUCUUGGCAACUCACUGACACCCACAGAAUAGGGGUUAAUCGGCACCAAGUUUAACUAUCAUUCCGUCUCAAAUACCAAACGACAUUGUCGACUGUCAUACUUCACUGCCAUACUUCGUCGCCGACUGCCAUACUUCGUCGCCGACUGC